AUGUCCCCACGACCAGUACCAACCCUCUUCGCGUUCGGCUCCAACGGCUCGGGCCAACUAGGUAUCGGGCACGAUGAGGACGUGUCUGUGCCAACGCCUUGUAUAUUUGCAGACUAUACUCCUUCUCCAGCCCCAACACAGACACAGGUUCCCCGCGUCUCACGCAUCGUUGCAGGCGGGAACCAUACGCUUGUCCUGCUUGAUGAUGGGCGGGUUUAUGCGGCGGGGAUGAAUGGGGACGGGCGGUGCGGGAUAAAUUCGAACUCGAACCCAAAUUCUCAUUCGAGAUUUAGGUUUGAGGGGGUUACUGUGGUUGAUGAAGAAGAGAAGGAUGAGGAGAGUGGGGGUAUGUAUGAUGUUUUCACGGGAGUUGCCGCGACGUGGGAGGCAACGGUUUUGGUUGCGAGGAGGAGGGCUCAUGAGGGCGAGGGCGGGGGCGGGGGCGUGGGUCGGGAUGUAGUGUUUGUGCUUGGGACGGGGAUGAAGGGGGAGCUUGGGCUUGGUACUGAGAUGACGCAGGCUCAGGUCGGGAAGAUUCGUGAUUUCCCGCCGCGAGGCUUGGAGGUGGUUUCUAUUGCGGCGGGGAUGGGGCAUGUUGUUGUUGUGUUGUCGGAUGGGGCGGUUUAUGGGUGGGGUGCGUCGAGGAAGGGGCAGUUGGGUGGUGGGUUGGUUGGGGAGAAGAUUGUUUGGGAGCCGAAGCGUAUUGAAGGGGUGCCGUUUCGAGUGACUGAUGCUGUAUGCGGGAGGGAGUUUACGGUGUUGUGUGGGGAUGGGGAGAAGGGCGAGUUUGUUGUUCUUGGAUCUUUGGGAGAUAAAUGGGGAAUCCUUGCAGGGACGCCUGCAGCGGAGGAUGUGAAGGGGUAUUUGAAGAUGGAUGCUAGUUGGCAUGGUGUCUAUGUACAUCAAAAGGAUAUGUCUGUUCUUGCCUGGGGCCGGAAUGACCGCGGUCAGCUACCACCGGGAGAUUUGCGCAGUGCAAAGGAGGUGGCGGUUGGUAGUGAGCAUGCGCUUGCUCUACUCGAUGAUAGGUCUGUCGUCGCGUUUGGAUGGGGCGAGCAUGGCAACUGCGGACCAAAUACAGAUGCGCAGGGCAAUGUCAAGGGUACAUGCAACCGAGUUCCCCUUCCUGAGGGAGGCUUUGAGGUGGUCGGUGUUGGUGCUGGCUGUGCGACGAGCUGGAUUAUUGCAUCCUGA